CAAAAUGUACUUAUUCUUCCACUUGCCCAAUCUUCUUUCAUUUGAUAUUUGAGCAUUAUCAUCAUUGACUUGAGGUUCAGUGCACAUACACAUUUGUAUUUUCUUCUACUUUCUCAUCAUGGAGUUAGAGGCAAGUAACGGUUCCUCUUCCACAUAUGAUAGAACAGCAGAAGUGAAAGCCUUUGAAGAAUCAAAAACCGGCGUGAAAGGCCUCUUAGAAUCUGGAAUAUGGACGACAAAGAUCCCACGUAUGUUUCAUUCUCCCAAUUUGAACUUGAACUCUGAUCAUGAAAGUGAAGCAUCUUCCAAGUUCAGUGUCCCUAUCAUAGACCUUCAAGAUAUAAACACUGAUCCAUGUUUACAUGCUGAGGUACUUGAGAAGAUUCGAAGUGCAUGCAAGGAGUGGGGAUUUUUUCAAGUGAUUAAUCAUGGUAUUCCGGUUAUUGUUUUGGAUGAGAUGAUUAGUGGAAUCCGUAGGUUUCAUGAACAAGAUGCUGAUGCAAGGAAACCAUUUUAUACAAGGGAUAAAAGUAAGAAAGUUCGAUAUUUCUCUAAUGGUAGCCUUUUUACGGACCCUGCUGCCAACUGGAGGGACUCACUUUCAUUUUUUGUAAGUCCCAAUCCUCCCGAUCCAGAAGAAAUACCGCAAGUAUGCAGAGACAUUGUGAUUGAAUAUUCAAAGAAAGUAAGAGCUUUAGGCUUGACAAUCUUUGAGCUAUUCUCAGAAGCUUUAGGCCUUCAUCCUUCUUAUCUUAAAGAUUUGGCCUUAGACUAUGGACAAUUUCUUUUGUGUCACUACUAUCCUCCAUGCCCUGAACCCGAAUUAACUAUGGGAACUUCUAAGCACACCGAUAUUGAUUUCAUGACAAUUCUUCUACAAGACCAGAUCGGUGGUCUUCAAGUUCUUCAUCAGAAUCAAUGGGUCCACGUUCCUCCUCUUCAUGGAUCUCUUGUAGUAAACAUCGGCGAUCUUCUGCAGCUUGUAACAAAUGACAUGUUCACAAGUGUUUACCACCGAGUUUUAUCCAAGCAUAUAGGCCCUAGAGUUUCCAUAGCUAGCUUCUUCGCAAACUCGGUAGAGGUUUCAUCCAAGGUCCUUGGUCCAAUAAAGGAAUUGUUAUCAGAAGAAAAUCCGGCAAUCUAUAGGGAUACUACUGUGAAAGAAGUGUUGGCACAUUAUUUUACAAAAGGCCUUGAUGGGAACUCUUCCUUGCACCCUUUCAGGUUGUGAAUUCAGAAUAAGAUUGGAGCAGUAUCAAUUGUUGUGGUGUUGUUGGAUUUUAUUAUGGUUAACUUCUACUUCAACUAUGAUUUUCAGUAUGUAGGGAAUAAAUUGUACACACACUAUCAAGCAAUGUAGCACCGACACUUCAUAUUAAAAGUGUACCUGUGGUUACAUUUAAUAACUUUCAUUUUCUUA